CAGUGUCAUUUUAAUUUCGUCAAAUUCAGCAAUACGGGAGGUGCUUUAAUUAAUUUGCAUUAUUUUCAAAGCAGACCAUCGAGGCAGAGCUUUUGCAAAAGCUGCAACAGUGCAAGCGUGAAAUUAACAACAGUCAUAUCCACAAAAUCAAAAAAACGCUUUAACAAACAAUUUCGCAACACAUACAAAUACAACACCCUCGGAACAGACGGCACUGUCAGUCAGUCAGUCAGUCGCAAGGCCAAGGAAGUCAAAACGAAAUUCAAUUGCAGUUAAACAUGAAAUUUGUGGCAACACAAAGCAUCGAUCAGCAUUUUUAUAAUCAGCAGCAAUAUCAGCAGCACUGUAUAAAUAAAAAAGGCGCGUGCAAACCAACAACGUUCAGUUCAGUAUCAGUUGUCAACAAUUCCAAACGUGUGUUGUGCAACAAAAGGCAACAGCAACAACAAGCGCAGCAACAAAGACAAUAUUGGAAAUAUAAAAGCUUUUUUAUAGCUGCGUCUUGAUUAAAAGCCCUUCGUUCUAAUCUAAGCACAUAAGACAAAGAAAGAAAAAAAAAUUGAACUCUAACUCAAAAGAAAAACACCGCACAAUAAAAUCUAACCUAAAUUCCACAACGUCGGCAACAUACAAAAUCAAUAAAAGCGGAAAACACGUGCAAGUGCCGCCAACAGUUGCCGCCAAACGCGUGUGUAGACUUCUUAGUGGAGACUCUCUUCUCACUCUCUCGCGCUCAAAGGACACUGUCCUACACGGCUUGUAUUUGUGUGUGUAAAUCAACAACGAUCACCAUUAAGAUCAAUACAGGCAAAAGCACUAAAAUUCGUGGUUUUAGUGAGCAACGCAGUAGCAACAAAACAAUAACAAUAUGCCGCGUCGUAAUAAGAAAGCAGCAGGCAAAGGUCGCACCAAUGACUCGAACUCUGAGGACGAGUCCUUUGACAAUGUGAGUGUUUAUUCGCACGUCUCGGAGGCGGCUUCGUCGGAGACAGCCGAGGAGUUGGCCAACGAGCGCUUUGAGGAGAAAUUCGAAAAGGCCCUGGAGCAGGCAACCGAGAAGUCGGCACAGACUCGGGUCCAGGCACUACAGGCCAUCUGUGAGCUGUUGAUGCAUCGCUAUAUGCCCGACUUUGUCGAGGAUCGCAAGAUGACGCUGAUGGAUUUUGUGGAGAAGAGUGUGCGCCGUGGCAAGGGACAGGAGCAGGUGUGGGGAGCACGUCUUGCCCCAUUGCUGGUGCUGCAACUGGGCGGGGAGGAGGGCAUGUCCAAGACCAUGAAUCAGUUCCUUUUAAACACUGUGCAGGAUAAAUCGGUUAGCUUCGAUGCACGUGCCAAAUGCUGCACAGCUUUGGGAUUGCUGAAUUUUCUGGACUGCGAGGAUGUUGGAGAAUUGGUGCAGCUGAUGCAAUUCUUCGAGAACAUCUUUGCCGGCAGCUAUUUGCGCGGUGAUGACAAGACUCCCAUUUCUGUCACAGCCGAGGCUGGCACUCUGCAUGCCGAGGCCUUGUCCUCCUGGGGAUUACUGCUCACCCUCAUCCCGUCCGGUGACUUUGUGUCCCUCAUGACCACCGGACAGCACAAGUUUCCAUCUAUCAAGCGCUUUUUGGGACUGCUGGAUUCACCACAUUUGGAUGUACGCAUGGCCGCUGGCGAGGCUAUUGCUUUGAUACUUGAAUCGGGUCGUGGACAUGAUGAGAACUUCCUGGAGGAGCACAUCACUGAACUCUGCGAUGCAGUUAAGCAGCUGGCCACCGAUUCCGCCAAAUAUCGUGCCAAACGAGAUCGCAAAACUCAACGUGCCACGUUCCGUGAUGUCUUGCGUUAUCUGGAGGAGGACAUUUCACCAGAGAUCAAUAUACGUUUUGGAAAUGAUGCUCUCACCCUGGACGCCUGGUCCAUACAUCAUCAGUAUUCGGCUCUGUGCACUGUAAUGGGUCCUGGAAUGACUUCACAACUGCAGGAGAACGAAUUCAUACGCGACAUUUUCCAGCUGGGUCCACGUCCCACAAACACUGGCAUCAAUGGCAACGCCAAGAGCAAGCAAUCCAAAUUGGAGCGACAUUUGGUGAAUGCAGCCGCCUUCAAAGCACGCUCCAUCACACGUGGCAAGAACCGUGACAAGCGUUCGGCAGUUGUCACAUAAGCAACGCUCUGGAUUUGCAGUUCAAUCAAUGCAGAACUCUUCCCAAUUAGUUGAAUUGUUUUCACCUUAGAACUUAGAGCAUACCAAAAGCUGAUUCAAAUAGCUCUCAAUUUUAAUGCACAUUUCGGCCAAAAUUACAAUUCGUGACUAGAUUAAAUAAUUAGCAACUAUAAAAAAUAUAUACCAAGAAAUUCUUUAGCUUAUAGUCUUAAGUCGAUUUAAACAUAUUAGCUAGUAAUGUGAUCUACAAAUUGAAUUUUUCUCUUUGGCAUUAAUUGCGUGCCAGAUGAACUGUGUGAAUUUUAGUUUAUUUCCUUUAAUUUAUAAGGCCAUUUUACGUUGUUGUUUAAUUAAAUAUAUACAUAUAUUAUGCAAGUUCAUUACUUUGCAAACUUGCUGUAGUAGUCAUGAUCUUAGUCAUAGUUUGACUUAGCUUCUCUUAUGCAUAUUAUGUAAGCAUAAUAUAAUAUAUACAUAUAUACACACUUGUUUUUUUUAUAGGUGAUGCGUGUAAAAUAAAUGUAUAACUUUA